AUGGCGUCCGUGGGGGCCAAGAUGGCGUCUUUUGGGGCCAGGGUGGUGGGGUUUGGGAUCAAGAUGGCGUCUUUUGGGGUGACCCCAAUCCCAGUUCCCCCUUCAAUGCCCCACAGCGACCCCAAAAACCCAUCAACUGUCCCCAAACGAAACCGUGACCCCGAGCCCUGCGCUCACCCCAACUCCCGUUUCUGCGCCCCGGCCGAUCAGUGCCCCAUCAUGGACCCCCAUUGGGACGACCCGGAAGGAGUCCCCAUCGACGCCAUCAUCUUCGGGGGGCGACGACCCCGCGGUACGACAGCGCCCCCUCCCGAAAGUCCUCCCCCCCCCCCAGGAGGCCGCCUGAUGCACGACCCCUUCGCCAUGCGCCCCUUUUUCGGCUACAACGCGGGCCGUUACCUGGAGCACUGGCUUUCCACCGGCGAAAGGAGGAACGCCCGCCUGCCUCGCUUCUUCCACGUUAAUUGGUUCCUCAGGGAUAACGAAGGUCGCUUUGUUUGGCCGGGUUUCGGUCACAACGCCCGCGUCCUGGCUUGGAUCUUUGGUAGGAUCCAAGGGAAAGAAACGGCCCGGCCCACCCCCGUCGGGUUGGUACCCAAAGAGGGGGAUUUGGAUCUGGAGGGGCUGCAGGGGGUGGAUUACGCCCAGCUGUUCCCGAUGGAGAAGGGAUUUUGGGAGGAGGAAUGCAGGCAGCUGAGGGAUUAUUACGGGGAGAACUUCGGUGCCGAUCUGCCCAGGGACGUCAUGGCGGAGUUGGAGGCGUUGGAGGAGCGGGUGAGGAAGAUGUGAGGGGUGGGGGUGGGGGAUGUGGGAGGGAGGGUGAGGUGGGUGCCUGCAGUGCCUGCAGGUGGGGGGGGGGGUGGCUCGUUCAAGAUGGCUGACGGCAGCGGGGGUGGGCCGGACAAAAUGGCUGCCACCAUCAUGUAUUGGCCGGACAAGAUGGCUGCCAACAGUGUGGGUAGGCCAACACUAUAGACUGGCCAGACAAGAUGGCUGCCGCAAUCAUGCAUUGGCUGGACAAGAUGGCUGCCAACAGCGUGGCUUGGCCAGACAAGAUGGCUGCCGCAAUCAUGCAUCAGCAAGACAAGAUGGCUGCCAACAGUGUGCAAUGGCUAGACAAGAUGGCUGCCGCAAUCAUGCAUUGGCCGGACAAGAUGGCCGCCAACAGUGUGGGUAGGCCAGACAAGAUGGCUGCCAACACUACAGACUGGCCAGACAAGAUGGCUGCCGCAAUCAUGCAUUAGCGAGACAAGAUGGCUGCCAACAGUGUGCGAUGGCUAGACAAGAUGGCUGCCGCAAUCAUGUAUUGGCGAGACAAGAUGGCUGCCAACAGUGUGGGUAGGCCAGACAAGAUGGCUGCCGCAAUCAUGCAUUGGCCAGACAAGAGAUGGCCAUCCAUCGAGUGGGUUGGUCGACCCAAGAUGGCUGCCCUACGUGGGAAGGAGCCCCCUGCCUCCUCAUUGGCUGAGCAUUCCAAGAUGGCGUCCAUUCCCCGUUCCUUUCCCAUUGGAUUGGCCGAUCCAAGAUGGCCGCCGCCAUCAUGGGUUGGCGGUCCCAAGACGGCGACCCCUUCCCAUUGGAUUGGCCGAUCCAAGAUGGCCGCCCUGCCUGCGCAGCGUUCCUCCUGCAAGCUCAUUGGCUGAACAUUCCAAGUUGGCUGCCAUUCCUCACCCUCAUUGGUUGACCGUCCAAGAUGGCCGCCCUGCUUCUCAUUGGCUGACCGUUCCGAGGCGGCAGCAAUCCGCCGCCUCAUUGGUGGAACGUCCGAGACUGCUGCUUUCCCUCAUCCCCAUUGGCUCACCCAUCCAAGAUGGCCGCCCUCCUUUGCCCCUAUUGGCUGACCGCUCCAAGAUGGCCGCUCGUGCCCAUCCUGCCCGCUGAUUGGUCCCCGCACCGCCUCAGCGCCCACUCAUUGGCCGCAUCCAUUUGAUGGCGGGACUUCCAGGCGCCAUCUUGGAGUGACGUCACACUGUCAGCAAUGCCGCGCUCCUAUUGGCCAGCCACAGCCUCCCAUUGAUCUAGCGACACCCACCGUCCAAUCAGAGCGUCCCCUUGGCCGAAUGGGGCGUUCUGAUCGGCCGAGCUGCUCCCAUUGCCCAAAAGGCAGCAUUCCAUUGGCUGCACUCAUCGCAGUGGCCAAUCAGAGCCGCCCGUUGCCCCCACAGCCCCUCUGUGCCCCACAAGCUCCGCCCCCAACAUUUUUAAGCCCCUCCCUCUUUUUGGGGGGGGCUCUGCGGACCAAUAAACAAUCACCGGAAGUGACGUAAAUGA